AUGGCGACAAAUACUAUUCUCCUCACACAACAAGAUAAUGAUCUUGCAGCAUCGGCUACCAAGUGCAUCAAGCAAGCCGCCGAACAUGCCUACAGCCAGAUGAAACCCGAUGGGCACUGGUAUCUCGAAGUACGCAGCAGCAUCUCUUUCACAGUCCAAUGGAUCUGCAUCCGACAGAUCAUCGGGCCAUCCCUUUCUCAAGACGAGGCCACGAAAUUUCAGAAGUGGCUUCUCUCUCAACAAAACACCGAAGACGGAUCAUGGGGACUCGCCCCUUCAGUACACGACUGGGAUGGGGAUGUUUCCACAACCGUCGAGGCGUACUUCGGGCUGAAGCUACUUGGUGAACCCAUCAACUCCAAGGCCAUGCGAAAAGCCAGAGCCUUCGCCUUGCGUCACGGCGGUGCAGCUAAAGUCGGCGUGUUGACUCAGCUGGUGCUUGCGCUCUUUGGCAUUAUUGCUUGGAAGGACAUGGCGCAAGUACCGGCCGAGUUGAUGGCUCUUCCAGCCGGACUAUCUCCAGUCAACAUCUACUCUUUCUCAUACUGGUCUCGGGUUUCGGCAGUCCCCGUUAUGCUGCUGAAACAUCAUCAACCCAUUUUCCCUCUCAAGCCAUUUGGAGUUGACAAUGGCGAGGAAAUUCAGGGUGCUACAUUCCUCGACGAGUUGUUCGUCAACCCUCUGGACCGAACACUAAAGUCUAUCCCAACACUAUCGGCACUAUGGCAGGAAGGUCAGAUCGGUCGCUUUGCUUGCACGAUGAUCGACAAAGCUGCCAGCGUGGUUGAGCCUGUCCUUAAGAGGUCCAUGUUGCGCACCCACUGCCUCAACCAAUGCGUCCAGUACAUCGUCAACCACUUGGAUGCAGGCGGUUUUGGGUCUCUGACCAUCUCGAACUUUCUCUGCGUCGUCGGUCUUCACGCUGCGGGCUUCCCUGCCAGUCAUCCCGUGAUGGGUCAUUUGACUCGAGCCAUGGAAGACGCGCUCUGGGAGGACGCCGACGGUCUUCGGAUGCAGGUUACCAUCGGUCCUGUUUGGGAUACAGCUCUGAUGACUCUCGGACUACUCGAGACUGGUAUGGCAGAUGACCGGAUAGAUCUUUCCGUGAAAUGGUUCAAGGACCAUCAGAUUCUUAAGACGCACGGCGACUACGUCGUGACGAACCCCAGAGCUUCCCUCCCUGGAGGCUGGUCUUUCCAGUACUGCAACGAAUAUUUUCCUGAUAACGAUGAUACCCUUGUUUGCUUAUUCGCCAUCAUCAUGCGCAAUCCCAAAGAGAUCAACUCUGCCUGUGGCGCACGAGCUCUCAACUGGCUUCUUGCCAUGCAGGGUGGCGAUGGUGGCUGGGGAGCAUACGAUAUCGACAACACAAGCAAAAUCGCCAACCUCUUCCCUUUCGCUGAUGGAGUUGAGUUCUUCGACCCCAGCGUACCCGACAUCACAGGACGUGUCCUCGAGGUUCUUGGCUACAUCCUCACCGAACCUACAUGCUCCUCUAUCCUGCCUCCUGCUAUCUAUCAGCGUGUUCGCGAAGCGUGUAAGAGAGGUCUUCAGUACGUCGCGAAAUCACAAGACAAACUCACUGGGACGUGGUGGGCGAGGUGGCACGUCAACUACCUCAACGGCACCAGCAGCGUCCUUUGCGCCCUACCAUAUCUCCAGUCUGUGGAACAGCCAGAGGGAGGCAUUCUGAUUGAAGAGCCACUAUCCUGGAUCAAGGCAGUACAGAAUGUCGAUGGUGGUUGGGGUGAGAGUCUCGGCACAUACAGAGACGAGUCUCUGGCUGGGAGAGGCCUCAUCUCAACUCCCACACAAACAGCUUGGGCAGUGAUGGCUUUGCUCUCUCAUCUACCGCAUACAGAUCCUGCGAUUAAGAGAGGCGUGCAAUAUCUCAUGAGCACCCAGGUUGAGACCUCUACGGGCGUCACGUGGGAUCAGGAAGCUUAUCCCUUCAUCAUGGCUAUCACACAAACAGUCGCGGGCUCGAUUAUGAGCUGCCAGCCAACGACUCUACUCGCUAUCUUUCUUGCACUAGGCGCAGUGUCAUAUUUCUCCUUCUUCAGGAAGCCGAACCUCAACAUGCCGGUUGAGAUUCCUGAUCCGGGUCCGGAGGGCGUCUUCAAUACGCUCACUCGCAUGUACGAGAAGUACCCCGACACACCAUUCAUCCUGAAGACCUCAAGACCAAUCGUUAUUCUUCCCGGUAACCUGGUUGACGAUGUCAAGAACAUGCCCGAAGAAAAGGUCUCUCUGCAUGCUGAGGUCAAGAUCGACCAUUCGAUGGCCGUAACCAAGGUCGGCGGUGGCACUUACGGUACUGAGCUACUUCCCACUGUUCGCAUCGAUCUCACUCGACACACCAAUGGUGCUAUUCCCGCCAUUCUUGAUGAGCUGCGCUUCGCGAUGGACAUUGAGCUCAACGACGUCGGUAGCGACCAGUGGUCUACUAAGGGUCUCCACAUGAGCGUCACCAAGAUCUCGGCCCUCAUGCUCUCUCGCAUCUUCAUCGGUCGCCCCAUCAGUCGACGACCUGAGUGGCUUCGCUCUUCCAUCGGCUACACCAUCGAUCUGAUGCGCGCCCGUCAUGCCCUGAACAAGUAUCCUUACUGGAUGCGCCUCAUCAUCGGAAAGUACUUGCCCGAGGUCAAGCAAAUGCAGUCUCAUCUUGAGGGUGGCAAGAAGAUCUUAAUGCCCAUUGUCGAGAACCUGGUCAAGGAAAGAGCGGCGAUGCAGGACCCCAACUCCUGGAUGGAUGAGAAGAAGCCCCUGCAGCACUACAUGUCGGAAGAGGAGGCUCUUGAGUUUGACGACGCCCAAGGCACCUUCUGCUCAUGGCUGCUCAAGUACACCAUCAUCCCCAAGGGCGCGACGACGGAGGAUAUUGCAACAUCACUGGCGCUCAACCAGCUUGCCCUUUCCUGGGUCUCCAUCCACAGCGUUAGCUACACGGUGACUCGUGCGAUGUACGACCUUGCUACCAGACCCGAUUACUUCGCUCCUCUACGCCAAGAGAUUGAGGAUGUUCUCCAGCAAGAUGGCUUCACCAUGGAUGACAAGGGUCGUCGCAUCAUGGGUCGCACAUCUUACGUCAAGCUUCGCAAGCUCGACUCCUUCUUGAAAGAGAGCAUGCGCCUGUGCCCGAACAAGCUGGUGAACAUGGCACGCAUCGUUCAGAGCCCCGUCACACUUUCGACCGGCCACACAUUGCCCGCCGGCACCCGCAUCGGUGUGCCGGUGUAUCACGUCAUGACAUCCCCUAGUACGCAGCAAAGCUACGCCGAGUCUGCCGAUAUGGCACCCGCAAGCGAAUUCGACGGAUUCCGCUUCUACAAGCUGCGCCAGCAGGAGGGCAACGAGAACAAGUUCCACUACAUCACGACCACAUCCGACUACCUCGCUUGGGGUCUCGGCACCCACAGCUGCCCUGGCCGCUUCUUUAGCAGCACUGCUAUCAAGGUCUUGUUCGUGGAGAUGCUCCGUUUCUGGGACUUCAGGCUCGUCGGCGAUGUCGAUCGCAAGGGUGGCCCGCCUGUUGGCCACAGGCUGAACGACUUCACUCUCACGACUGAUGUCACUGUUCCGCUUGAGAUCAAGCGUCGUGAGGGUGCCAACUAG